AUGAUUUAUCCAACUGAUCUUGAAAUUGAGUCAGAGACAAGAGUGCGCGUAUAUCGUUACACAAAGUGGUGUAACCCCGUAGAAAAGCUUGAAAGCGGACCAGAUGCCUGCUGUGCAAAGGCCCGUGAUAGGUAUACUCGGUUCCUUGUGCAAUCAACAAUGAACGAGUGCAAACGGUUGCAAUAUAACGUAGUACGAGGGACACGUGCAAACACCUUUCCUUACCCUUGGAAGAAGGAAGCCUCUGAACAAGAUCGAGAAUUAUUGCGACCACUUUCCAUCCAAUGUAUAACGCAGAUACGUGUAAAUUAUUUACUUUUUUCGGUUUAUUUGAGACUGGAAUUCGAAGGUGACAAGGACCAACGCCCACAUACUUCAAGUAUCAUUCCGACCAUCGAUCAUAAUGAAUUAACAAUUCUGAUGCAAGAGAUUUGUGCUUCUCUUUUGCUACAGAUAUCAAACAUUCAUGUUCAGAAAGUAUGA